AUGAGCGUCAGUGAAUUACAAAAUAUUGUUAAAAGUCAACCUAAUUCCACCAUGCGACAUAUUAUUCAAUGUUAUGGGGUGUCUCAAAAUCCAAAGACAAAUGAUUAUAUUUUUGUUAUGCCAUAUAUGUCCAAUGGAA